GCGAACCGCCUGGCCCGCCCGCCGCCGCCGCCAUGAUCAUCUACCGCGACUGCAUCAGCCAGGAUGAGAUGUUCUCCGACAUCUAUAAGAUCAAGGAAGUCGCCAGCGGCCUCUGCCUGGAAGUGGAGGGGAAGAUGGUAAGCCGGAAAGAAGGGGAAAUUGAUGAUGCCUUGAUUGGUGGAAAUGCAUCUGCUGAAGGCCCAGAAGGAGACGGGACAGAGGCCACAGUUGUCACUGGCGUUGACAUCGUAAUGAAUCACCAUCUUCAGGAAACAAGUUUCACUAAAGAGUCUUACAAGAAGUACAUCAAGGACUACAUGAAAGCAAUCAAAGCCAGACUCGAGGAAACAAAGCCAGAGAGAGUAAAGCCGUUCAUGACGGGGGCUGCAGAACAAGUCAAACAUAUCCUUGCAAACUUCAAAAAUUACCAGUUUUUUGUAGGAGAGAACAUGAAUCCUGAUGGCAUGGUGGCGUUGCUGGAUUUCCGUGAGGAUGGCGUAACCCCAUAUAUGAUUUUCUUUAAGGAUGGAUUAGACAUGGAAAAAUGUUAACGAGGUCUUCCCUUUGGGGAUCAUCUGUCGUCUUCAUCAUCAUAAUUGGCUGCUGCUCUUUCUUCAUCCACAAACCAUCAUGACUUAGCAAUGUCUGGCAACUGGACUGCUGUCACCUUGAGCUUAAUUUGAUUUAUUUUGACCCUGAAUUGAUUGGAGUGGAGGCAUUGUUUUUUAAAAAAAUGUGUCACGUAGGCUGUCUAAAAUAAAAAAGAAACUCAUUGAAACCCA